UAUACAAUCAGCUGCCUUCUGGGGUCAAAUUCGAUAAAGCUCUCUUGACAAAAAUAAACAAAACCUCAGCAAAUCGCAAAUAAAUAAGUAGAGAUAAUCGUAUUUUAUUUAUAACAAUAUUUAACGGUCGCACGGGCGUUAGUUCUAUUUGGUACCUGACUGAAGAAAGUGCGUACCUACUACUAUAGGAAAUAAUAAUUGAUUGUGCAAAGAUGUGGGUUCUUGGGUUCCUGUGUUUUGCGGUUUUUGCUUGCAAUGCUAACGCCGUCGAUACACCAACAUGGAGCGACGUCUACUCUGUAAAAGCAAUCCUCUUCAUUCCCUAUGCGGAAAUCGCUGAGCCAUUUUCAGCUUGGUACGAUGGCCCCAACAAACAAUCAAGAAUCGACUACUACGGCGAUAUGGUACAAACAUAUCAGCUAGCCAAAAAAGGCUAUGGUACCAGCAUUAAAAUCGCCCCAGUAACAACUGAAGAAGAGCUAAAUGCUAAAACAUGCUUGCAAGUUAAUGGUACCUCUGAGGAACCUAUUGCACCACAAACUGUUUUGCCUGAUCUUACUGGAUUUGAAUAUUCAGGUAAUGAAGUCAUUGAAGGAAUCACAACUGAGCGUUGGAACCUAACCACUGUUGUUGGUGAGAAAAAGAACAAAUAUGUUCUGUGGGUAAGGUACCAAAGCGAUGAAAAUGAAUCUGACAAAAAAGUUGCAGUACCAGUAAGAUAUGAAAUGAGAGGCUACAACAGCCUUUUAGGAAGCCAUUACGACCAUUACUACCUCCAAUAUGAUCAAUUUGACGUCAACCCCAUCGACUCUCAAAUCUUUGAAAUUCAAUCUAACCUUACUUGUGGCUCCUUCCCUGGGCCUGGAGACAAACAUAUCUACACCUUCAACCCGAUGGCAGAAUUCAUUAAACCCGAGAGACAAGGUCAUGUUGAUUUCGAGUUCAAUAAAUUCACAAACAAACAUAGGAAGAAUUAUGCUACCGAUGAAGAAGCCAUGCUACGCAAGGAAUUGUUCAGGCAAAAUUUGAGAUUCAUUCAUUCACAUAACAGGAAAAAUAUUGGAUUCUCCUUAACUGUCAACCACCUUGCUGAUAAAUCUGACAACGAACUAAAAGCCCUUAGAGGUAAAAGCUACUCAGGAGAAUACAACGGCGGGCUACCUUUCCCAUAUACUAGCUCUAACUAUACCGAUGUACCAGACCAAUGGGACUGGAGACUAUACGGGGCUGUUACUCCAGUAAAAGAUCAAUCUGUGUGUGGUUCUUGCUGGUCCUUUGGUACAAUUGGAGCCAUCGAAGGUGCUUACUUUUUGAAAAAUGGUGGAAAGCUUGUACGUUUGUCUCAGCAAGCUUUAAUUGAUUGUUCCUGGGGAUAUGGAAACAAUGGGUGCGAUGGUGGAGAAGAUUUUAGAGCUUACCAAUGGAUGUUAAAACACGGAGGAGUUCCUACUGAAGAAGAUUAUGGUCCUUAUUUGGGACAGGAUGGGUAUUGCCAUGCAAACAAAGUACCAAAAGUAGCCAAAAUCAGCAGCUGGGUAAAUGUGACAGCUAACAAUGAACAAGCUCUCAGAUUGGCUAUAUUCAAACAUGGACCUAUUAGCGUUGCCAUUGAUGCUAGCCAUAAAACUUUCAGUUUUUACUCUAAUGGUGUUUAUUAUGAUGAGAAAUGUGGCAAUACUGAACAAGAUCUGGACCAUGCAGUCCUAGCAGUAGGAUACGGAACCAUGAAUGGUAAAAAUUACUGGCUUGUCAAGAACAGUUGGUCAAACUAUUGGGGUAAUGAUGGUUACGUUUUGAUGUCCUCUGAGAAUAAUAAUUGCGGAGUUAUGUGCACUCCUACUUACGUUAAUUUAGCCUAAAUAAUUAACUAGAUUUAAUUUCCAUUUUUUACUUUGUGAUCAGUGACUCAAUGCUACAUUUCAGCUAGUAUUGACUAGAAUUUUAUACUUAUUGGUUUAAUAAAAAUGUUACUAGCC